UUACCCCUGAUUUAUUGGUUAUUUCACUUCUGCGCCGCGCCCUCACAAUUUUCAGUCCCCUGCUUUCGCCUUCAGCUCCCCAACUCGCCGGCGAAUACAUCGGAAUCACACCUUUUCUACAGUACUCUUUUGUCUCCAUUAUACAUUCGGCGCGUUGUUCAGUAAGCUUUAGUCUAUGUUUAGUAUUGGGUGCAAAUUGAUGCAGCUCGAGAUUUCCAAAACUGGCAUUUCAAUGGUUUCUUCGUCUUCCGGCUCUGUUUCUACCUCCCACAUGUCCUCCGGUAAUCACCCUCGUCUGCCUCUAGAAGAUCAGGAGAGUUUUGGGAGAAGUGAUUAGAGAGUACAUGACACAUGUUGAGCUUAGUGAGGAUUGGACCUGAGCUAUGAGAGUUUGAAGGUCGCGGAUGGCUAGAAUGUUAAUUGGUAAUCAAGCAUUCCCUCGCUUGAUAGGCUUAUUGUUUAACAACAGUCCUUCCAGCUCCAACACAUAUGACAAGGUCAACUUACUUUAAUUUGACUUUGUUACACCAAUUAUGUUGUAUCGGGCGGAGUGUUGACCGGUCAAAAACUCACACUGCUGGAAGCCUACAAACAGAUCCAAAGUGCCAAACCACACUAUUAAGCAUGCACUUUCUAAUGUCCCUUAACCACCAACGUGUAUUGACAUACAAAUGCAAUUGUCAAUCCGCAAUGCACAUCUACAAAGAUAUAGACCCCUCUGUUUUAAUAUUUAUAAAAGACACGCUUACCGUCUCUAAAGAAGCAUUUACCUCCAAAUAUAGUCAUCUGAGAAGUACUUGGACAUCAAAUACUUUUUGCCCUCAAUUUCAUACUUGUUGAACUUCUCAAUAUCUUCCUUCUCCAUGUCAGUAAAUGAUGAAAAAAAUAGUUAGGACCUUUGGUGAGUUCAUAAUACGAUUAGACAUGUAGAAAACUUGCAUUAGAACAACUUAAAAUGAGUAUUGUACGAGGAUAUUAAAGAUUGUAAUGUAACAUGAAACUAUUGAAGCCCUCAAUUUCAUACCUCUCCAACUUCUCAAGAUGUUUCUUCUCCUAGGUGGCUUCAUGAUGAGACAAAAAUAAUUAGGAUCUUCGUUGCUUUCAUAAUGCGAGUAGAGAUGUAGAAGACUUGCAUUAGAAUGACUUAUGAUUAGUGUUGUGGCACGAUAUUAAAGACUUGUAACAUGACAAGAAACUAUUGAAACCCUCAAUUUCAUACCUCUUGAACUUCUCAAUCUGUUCCUUAUCCAUGUGGCUACAUGAUGAGACAAAAAUAGUUGGGACCUUUGUUGAGUUUAUGAUUAGACAUGUAGAAGACUUGCAUUUGAUCAACUUAAGAUGAGUGCUAUAGCACGAAGUAAAGAUUUGUAACAUAACAGGAAACUAUUGAAAGGUGAUUAAUGCAUACCAAAAGUUUCUUUUUGUCAAGGCAAAUAACUAUCAAUUUUAUAUCUUCUCAUGGCCAAUGGAAGCAAAUUUGCACGAUGAAAGAUAAUUUAAUCAAUGUCUCUAUUACCUGAAUAUACCAUCAUGUUCCCAACAGGGAAAUUGUUGUUACAAGCUUCUCUAUUAACUAGUCGCCUGAUCAGCAUUACCCAUAGAUCCUUCCUUUAAUUGAAAUCUUAAUUCACUUUUUACGAUUUUAUUUUUCAGCAACAUUCUUAUUAGCUUACGGCGGCGCACCCACCGGAAGAGGGGAAGGAAUUGGCUCAAAACGUUAUAUCUCGACACUAGAAUUGUAAAGAGGUCCUUAUUAUGUGUGAUAAAAUUUACAUCGUAAGACUUUAGCUUGAAAAAACAAGCAAAGACUCGAAGGAAAUAGGCAGAAAAGGAUAAAAUACAUGGAAACCUACACAAAGCGUGAUCCCCAGAAGGGUGGGGUGAACACAGACUUUACUCUACCUUUGAUUCCGAUAAACCCUCAAUUCAAGAAAAGAAAUUUGGAAUCACAAAUGUAGCACUAGAAAGAUACAAGAAGCUCCCAAUUCAAGAAAAGAAAUAUGGAAUCACAAAUGUAGCAACAAAAAAGAUAUACGAAAAUAUAGAAGAGAACAAGAUCUUCAUUCAAUCAGACAAAUAUAAACUUCAUACACAAUUAUAAAGACCAAAAAAGGGAACCAAUUCAUAAAAUUAAAAGUUGGCACUAACCUAGGUACGGUGCGAGAAUGCGGCAACACGAACACAAAAGUGAAACCUACUGUCUUAACCUUUUAUCCUUAUCUAUCUAUACACACAUGGAUAUUAGCAAGUCGGGUUAUAUUAGUAAAAUUCCGACCUAUAGAAAUCAUGAAAAUAAAUUAGCAAAAAAUAUCAAUGUCUUAGUAUUUGGAACAACAAACAUAGGUUUUCUAGUGAAUUUUGACUAUUGGAGCUAGCUCAACAGUUCAACCUUUCUAAUUUAAAUCAAACAAAAAAUUCCUUCUCACUUAGCCCACCAAAAGGCCAGUCUAGAGAAAUUGAAACUUUGGGCUACCAUAGCAUAGACUGGAAAAGAGCACCAAAACGGGUCUAAGAAGAAAGUUAACAACAUACCCAGUGUAAUCCUAAAGUAAGGUAUGGGUAGGGUGGUGUGUAUGCAUACUUUACCUCUACCUUGUGAAAGUGUCUCUGGACUGGGCUAAGUGUGAAGGAAUUUUUUUGUUUGGUUUCAGUUGGAAAGUCUGAACUGCUGAGCUAGAUCCAAUAGUCAAAAUUCACUAGAAUACCCAAAUGUUCAAACGUUGAUAUUCUUUGCUAAUUUAUUUUUAUGACUUCGAUAGGUUGGAAUUUACUAAUAAAACCCGACUUGCUAAUAUCUAUGUGUGUAUAUAAAUAGGGAAAAAACAUAAAUUCCCCCUGUACUUAUCCCGAAAAGUCAGUUACACGCUUAAACUAUCAUAACAAACUAUUACACACAUUUACUACUCAAAAGUGAAUUUAAUACCACCCUCAAAGCUGAUGUGGAAAUAAAAUUAAAUACAAAAUAAAAGAGGCGUGUUUGAGUCAAAAAUAAAGUCAAAAGGUUUUUUUCACCCACCCCUUCUCCUUCACGCCACCCUAUCUUUCUUCUUCUUCAUUUUUUUCUUAUCACAGGCUCUUUUUGCUAUGGCUUAUGAAAAAGACAAGCCAUCUUACACUCUUUUUCCAUGAUAAUUUUUGAGAGAAAAAUAGAAAACAAGGUUGAGGGAUAGAAUCCACUGCAAAGAUCGGCGAAAUUAUUCAAUUAGUUAGGUUUGCUGCUCGAAUUGUUUUUAGCCACAUGGAUAAGGAGCAGGUUGAGAAGUUCAAGAGCCACCUGGAGAAGGAACAUAUUGAGAAGUUGAAGAGUGACAUGGAGAAGGAAGAUAUUGAGAAGUUCAACAAGUAUGAAAUUGAGGGCAGAAAAUAUUUGAUGUCCAAGUAUUUCUCAGACAAGACUAUAUUUGGAGGAAACAUAUUUGAUGUAAAAACAACUAAAGAUGGAAAAACCACAAGAGUGAGCAGGUUUCCUGGUUACCAGUCCUAUGCAGAUCCUGCCAACUUUAAUGAUGGUAGCAGCAGCGCGCCAACGCCAAAUUCUACCAGUGAAACUCCAAAUGUUCGUAAGAGGAAGCACUCUUCAAUGAAAGAAUAGUUAUUUUAGAAUUUCAUCCCAUUUAUUGUGUUGUCCUCUUAAUCAGUAUUAGAGACGCUUUUAUUACCAUGUAAUGAAUCUUGAACUUUUCCUAGAAACUUGAUUUCAUCA